CUAAGGAAGUCUCUGUUUCACUGCAAGGUCCAGCGGCCGACCUUGGCGUAUGGGUGUGGACUGGAUGCUACUGGUAUAUAAAGGUGUGGUCAGCCGAAUGUGAGGCACUUUACGGCAGCAAAGUCCACCACAAAACACACCAUGAAGCUCCUGGUGGUCCUCUCCGCUGUGGCCGCGUGCGCGCUGGCGAAGCCCGGUUUCGUGUCGCCGGUGGCGUACAACACGCUGGGCUACAGCCCGGUGGCCGGAGUGCUGGGCUACGGCGCGCUGCCGUACGCUGCCGCCUACCACGGCGUUGUAGCCGCCGCCCCCGUCGCCGCCCCCGCGGUCGCCUACGCCGCCCCCGUCGCUGCCCCCGCCGUCGUCGCCGCCGCCCCCGCCGUGAGGACGGCGACCCUCACCACGGUGGUGAACAACCCCGGACACGCCGUCUCCUACAGGGUCGACUGAACCCGUUCCCCUACCCCGCCCGUCACUGACUUCUCGAUACCGGCUCUGCGUUGACUUACCUUCGACUUCAUUUGUGUGUAUGUGUGUGUUUUGGGUUUAAUAAAUAAUUAUACACUACAGUA